AUGGAGGAGUUAAUCUCGGAGCUGAAGGACGGCGAGCUAACAUUCAUCAUCAUGGACAUGCGUAUUGCGGAGAAACGUAUUUCCGACCUGAAGGAAGAACAUGAACAGAGCAAAGCGGAGAUUACAAGGUUGGAGUUGGUGAUUGGUGAUUUCAACAAGAAGUACAAAGCUGUGGAGAGCACGUUUGCGAUUGCUGCUUUUACUUCUCCUUGCUUGGUUCUUAGUUUGGUUCAAGUAACAACAACCUUCUUUUCAAUUUAG